AACCGGUCAACAACAAUAAUAAAUAAAAAACGAAAAUAAUUCUUUAGUUAAUAUUUAAAAAAAAAAAUAAUAAGCUGUUGUUUAAAUAAUUAAACAAUGGUUGUUAAAAAAGUGUUUUAUUUUGGAAGUGCAGUGGCAAGUGCAGUUGGUGUUGCAUAUUUAAUAAAAGAUUAUGCAGGAGGUGAAAAAUUUACUGGAGGUGAAGAUGUUAAAGGUAAAAUUGUUAUAAUAACUGGAGCAAAUACAGGAAUUGGCAAAGAAGUUGCUCGUGAUUUGGCUCAACGAGAAGCUAAAGUAAUCAUGGCAUGUCGUGAUUUAUUUAAAUGUGAAACUACACGCAAAGAAAUUGUAUUGGAAACAAAAAAUAAAUAUGUUUAUUGUAGAAAAUGUGAUUUAGCAUCACAAUCAAGUAUACGAGAAUUUGUCAAUACAUUUAAAAAAGAACAUAAAAAAUUGGAUAUAUUGAUCAAUAAUGCUGGUAUAAUGCGUUGUCCAAAAAGUGUCACUGAAGAUGGCAUUGAAAUGCAAUUUGGUGUUAAUCAUAUAGGUCAUUUUCUUUUGACAAAUUUACUUCUUGAUACAAUAAAAUUAUCAGCACCAUCUAAAAUAAUUAAUGUAUCAAGUGUUGCUCAUACAAGAGGAAAAAUAAAUAUUGAUGAUUUAAAUAGUGUUAAAAAUUAUGAUUCUGGUGAUGCAUAUUCACAAUCAAAAUUAGCAAAUAUAUUAUUUACAAAAGAACUAUCAAAACGUUUAAAAGAUUAUCAAGUAACUGUUAAUGCUGUACAUCCUGGUUUAGUUGAUACUGAAAUAGCAAGACACAUGCCAUUUUUUAAUAGUUUAAUUGGUUCAAUUUUAAUCAGACCAUUAUUUUGGCUUUUUAUUAAAACACCAAAACAAGGUGCACAAACAAUAUUACAUGCUGCAUUGGAUCCAUCAUUGAAUAAUAUCAGUGGUGUUUAUUUGAGUAAUUUUAAAAUAACUGAAGAAUCAGAAGCAGCACGUGAUGAAGUGGUUGCAGCAUGGCUAUGGAAAACAAGUGAAAAAUGGACAAAACUCUAAUAAAUA